CAAGCUUUUAAAAAGUAUUUUUAAGUGUAUUUUCUCAAAAGUGUUUUUCAAAAAAGUGGAAAGCUGCUUUUUUUGACCUUCUGAAAAACAGCUUCAGUUACUCUCCAAAAAGACUUAUUUUCUCUCAAAAGUUUCGCCAAACACCUCACUGUUUCUAAAAUAAGCACUUUUUGCCUCCCAAAAGUGUGACCAACAGGCUAGUAGUUGUUAUGUUGUUUCUAGGUGGAGUUAGAGUUGAUAUAAUUGGAAAAAGACUCCAGCUUUUUUGUUAUUGAUAUUUAAAUUGGCUCCUCAAAGGCGAUCGCAGCGCCACAUGGGUGGGCAGAUGCAGCAGAGCAAUCCGGCAGCUGCUGCUGUGUAUGAUCACCCAGGCAAUGCGGGUCCCGCUGGUGAUGCAGGUGAUGCUGUCAUGGCGCGAUGGCUUCAGUCUGCUGGAUUACAACAUCUGGCCUCUCCUUUGGCUUCUUCGGGUGUCGAUCACCGCCUCCUUCCUAACCUACUUAUGCAGGGAUAUGGAGCACAAUCUAUGGAAGAGAAGCAGAGGCUUCUCAAAUUAAUGAGAAAUCUCAACUUUAAUGGUGAAUCUGCUUCCGAGCCAUAUACUCCAACUAGGCAGAGUUCUGGGGAGAUUGGAGCAUCAGAAGGUUUUUAUUCUCCUGACUUCAGCGGAGACAUUGGGGCAGGGCUUUUGGAUCUGCAUUCAAUGGAUGAUACAGAGCUCUUAUCUGAGCUGGGGUCUUCUGCUAGUUGUGCAGUCUUCAGCUGGAUACAAUCAAACACACCUUUUCUCCUAGACCAUUCCCAUUUUACCUGCCCUUACAACCCCCUCCCCCGCCAGAAAAGGAAGAGCAAGAAGGAUAUACGCGUAAACAAUGCCUUUGACGGUGACUUUGAUGCUCCUACUGGUCAGCACCAAAAAGCAUCUCCUGACAAAGAUGUUACAACUGGAUUUCUGCCAGUUGAAAAAGAAAACAAUGCGAGGGAAAACAAUGUGGCAAAGAUUAAAGUAGUGGUGCGCAAAAGACCUUUAAACAAGAAGGAGAUUGCUCGGAAUGAGGAUGAUAUUGUCACCGUAUCUGACAAUGAUUCUCUCACUGUUCAUGAACCUAAGCUUAAGGUGGACUUGACUGCUUAUGUGGAGAAGCAUGGGUUCUGUUUUGAUGCCGUCCUAGAUGAACAUGUCACAAAUGAUGAGGUUUAUCGGGCUACUGUGCAACCAAUUAUUCCUAUUAUCUUUCAGCGCACAAAAGCAACAUGUUUUGCUUAUGGCCAGACAGGGAGUGGUAAGACGUAUACAAUGCAACCUUUGCCUCUCAGAGCUGUGGAAGAUCUUGUGAGAUUGUUGCAUCAGCCAAUUUAUCGUAGUCAGAAGUUCAAGUUGUGGCUUAGUUUUUUUGAAAUAUAUGGUGGAAAACUGUUCGAUCUUCUCAGUGAUAGAAAGAAACUUUGUAUGAGGGAAGAUGGUCGACAACAGGUUUGCAUUGUUGGACUCCAAGAAUUUGAAGUUUCAGAUGUGCAGAUUGUGAAAGAGUAUAUUGAGAGGGGAAACGCUUGUAGAAGUACAGGCUCCACUGGUGCAAAUGAGGAAUCAUCAAGAUCACAUGCAAUAUUACAGCUGGUAGUCAAGAAGCACAAUGAGGUGAAGGACUCCAGGCGAACUAAUGAUGGAAAUGAUUCUAAGGGUGGCAAAGUGAUCGGGAAGAUCUCUUUUAUUGACCUUGCUGGAAGUGAGAGAGGUGCGGACACGACUGAUAAUGACCGACAAACCAGGAUUGAGGGAGCAGAAAUCAACAAGAGCUUGCUGGCUCUUAAAGAGUGUAUUCGUGCUCUUGACAAUGACCAGAUUCAUAUUCCAUUCCGUGGGAGCAAACUUACUGAGGUGCUUCGUGACUCCUUUGUUGGUAACUCAAGAACUGUUAUGAUAUCCUGCAUUUCUCCUAAUGCUGGAUCAUGUGAACACACACUCAAUACAUUAAGAUAUGCCGACAGGGUUAAAAGUCUAUCAAAAAGCGGAAACACAAAAAAAGAUCAGAAUGCUGGCAUAACACUCCCGAUGAUGAAGGAACCUUCUUCUGCACCAACUCUGGUUGCUUCCACUGAAGCAGAAGAUGCUAUUGAACAACCUCAAGAAUCAAAAGUAUCAGAAGUAAGUAGAAGGGCGAUGGACAGAGAAAGUACAUCUUACAAUCCCUCCAGUGAGCGUAGACAAACCUCUAGUUUUGCUUCAAAUCAUACCUUCACUGCUUGGGAGGAAAGUGGAGCAAAUUCGGGUGGUCCGGAGAGGGACAAGUUUGAGGUGAAGAAUGGCUAUCAUGUUCCAGCUGGUCAGAAAAUGUAUUCAACACCAAACAUACAAAGUUCAGCUGAUACAGAAGACAAGGUUCAAAAAGUCUCUCCACCUCGGAGGAAAGUUUCUAGAGAUGAGAAACCUGAAAAGCUAGGAAGCGGGUCAAGAAGAGACGUUUCAAGCUCAGACUCGUUGUCUACAAGUUACAAACAACAAAGUACAAAUAGCUCUAACAUAAAAGGUAUUGGAACAAGACAAAGUGAACUUAAUUCACCCCCUUGUGAUGACAAUAUCAAUGAGAUACUGGAGGAAGAAGAGGCCCUCAUAGCUGCCCAUAGAAAAGAAAUUGAAGAUACAAUGGAGAUCGUCCGCGAAGAAAUGAAACUGUUGGCUGAAGUCGAUCAACCUGGUAGUCUCAUCGACAAUUAUGUGACACAGCUGAGCUAUGUGCUAUCUCGCAAAGCAGCAACUCUGGUGAGCCUCCAGGCUCGCCUUGCCAGGUUCCAGCAUCGACUGAAAGAGCAGGAAAUACUGAGUAGAAAGAGGGUACCACGCUAGGCAACAACUCACAUGGAUACAGUGAGAGUGGCACCUAUUUCUACCUUGUUUUUACUUGUCCCUUUUGUAAUUAUUUCAAGAAAUAUUUUAUUCCUCUUGUCCCAAAAAUGUGUACCCAAACCAUCAGGCAGAAGUGUCAUUGAGCAAAUUUACUUAAAGAGGAAAAAAUGGUGGCCUCUUCUGAGCUUUUGCACAAACGAAACAACAGAUGUUUUAACAUUGCUUCUGGACCAUGCUGCUCCUGUUAAUGGUGAAGGAGAGGUUCAGAGUUGUAAACUGGUAAGAUUCAGACUAGGGCGACAGCAUGGACAUUAGUCUGUGUAUGUUACUAUGUUAUCAGGAAUGUAUUAUUCCAACUUAUACUAUGUUGCUCAGAGUUUUAGUGGUUGCAACUGAAAAAAGAAAAACCUUUAAAUUGUUUGACAACAAUGGAAUUGAUAUACUGUGUAUAGAACAGUUGUGGUUAGUGUCUGUUCCGACCUUAGCAUUUACUGUUUGUUCUUAUAUCCAAAACUAUUCGAACA